UAGGAUGUUAGACUAGUCAUGUGCACUGGGCGUGGUUUUGGCUGGAUGCGAGGUAGCUGUUGUUGGGCAGAAAAUUCGCGGCUUAACUUUGAGUGUGUACGCGACUAAGUUAUUAGUUUUAAUUAUUUUAGAUAUGGAUAUCCACAAGCCCAGGGGAAGCCACCAGAUUUCACUGAAGUUAUCAAAUGGCUACAUUCUACCUGAGGGCAAACUGACCCCCAACGCCCUCUUUGUUGGCGGUAUUGACAUGAAGGUGGAUGAAAAUGAAAUACGGGAGUUCUUUGCCAGAUACGGGGCUGUUAAGGAAGUGAAAAUUAUCACGUACCGUGGAGGGAUCUGUAAAGGGUAUGGGUUUGUGUACUUCAGUGAAGAUGUCAAUAUUCAGGCAAUCAUUGAGCAACAGAUCAGUUUUAAUGGUCGGAAACUCAAGCUGGGCCCUGCCAUCAUGAAAGAAAGGAGCUCUCGGUCCAUGCCAUCCCGUCUGGUUGGCCAAGCUCCUUGGAUGAGCCCCACUCAGUACUUUUACUGCACCUGCUGCCCACCUGUGGGAGGUGGUAUGGCACAACCUGCACCCAUCUUCAAUGGCGGCAACCCAUACAAUCAGCCGUACUCCUACUCCAACUUUGGAGGGGUGAUGAUCCCACAGAUGCCAAUGAACUAUGCACAGAACACCUAUGCCUACCAGUACACUCCACCUCACUGGAUGAUGGACCAGAGGACACGGCCUGUCAAUCAGAACUUUGUGGACUGUGGAGUCCAGACGAUGCUGACUGUGCUGUAGUCCACUGCUCCUGAGACCCCUGCCAGAUAAGGCUACAAUGAGUCAAAUUGCAGAUUGGAUGACAUCUUGAAAUUACGGACGGCUGGAAGCAACCCAUCUCCUUACACUGAUUUCAGAAAGCCCUCCUCUUUCCUCCCUUCCCUCAACUUUCGAGACCCUUUUUAACACCAGACUGCAGGAGCUCUCCACUUUAACCGAACUUGUACGAUCACAGUCAUUUUGACUGUGACUGGUAGUGACCACUAUCAUGUGGUCAUGUUGGUUUUAAUCCACAUAGAUCACAUUAAAAAUCACACAGGGCGAGCAGAGCACCUUCACUGUACAAACUGAUUUAUAGGCUCACAUUCCCUUUUUUUUUUCUAUCCUUUGUUUACUAUCCUGAACAACAACAAAAAAAGACUUUUAAGCUCACAUUUUGUGUAUAUUUAUAUUUUAUUUUUUAUAAUUUAAUUUUGGAAUUAUUUUUAGUGUUUGUUUGGUUCUGACUUUUUUAGCUUCUGCAAGGGCUCUCUGUACAUACAAAGGUAGGUUUAGAUUAUAACAAUGUCUUGCGAUCUGAUUGUGUCGGCAUUGGAGUAGAAUCCUUCUUUCGCUUCAGUUCAGGUCUAAUGCUCCUCUGAUUAAGAAAUUUCAUUAACUUGUCGACCACAGUAUAAGGGUACUUUUAUUUCAAGAGCACAUUUAUUUUGUGCUCUAUUCUGUUUAAUUGGGUGUCGAUUGAGGCAGUAAACGAGUGGCACUUUUGUCACACUGUAGCUUCUCAUCACUGUCACUGAUUUUUCAUCUGGGUCAAACACCAGACUUUUCAAGUAGUUUCUCAGCAUGUUGAAGCACACCUAUAGUCUGUGUGUUGUUUUCAUCCAUUGUCCCAUUUCAUACAUUGUUUUCCCAAAUGACUCCAGGGGUUCACACCCAAGGACAAUCACGACAUCAAUUUAUUUCCCCGUUAGUCAUCAAUCAACUUAUAUUUGGAAGAAAAAAGUGGAAGGCAGUUUCAAUCCAAUUUGCAAAUGAAGGACGUGAUUGACACCAAGGCUCUCUGUUUCUUCUUAACAUUCACUGUACAUGGUUCACUUUAUACUGGUUGUUUCAGCAUUUUGGGUUUUAAUGCAAUUGCAGGUGAUCUUUCACUAAAUGUUUUACAAAGUGGGCAGUGAUUCUUAUUAUGUGUAUUCUUUUCAGUAAGGGCACUUCAUUUAUUUUCUGCUAACUUCAUACCCUUAAAGAGCAACUUUGAUUGGAGAUGCACAUUUGGUAUAUGGUAUACAUCACAGAUUUUUUUUCCCCCGUUACCCAGUUCUGAGUAGCUUUAUCCGAGCUUUGUCCCCGGCUUCUCCUGUGCGCAGAUAUCAGAUUGUGUUGAAUUUGUUUUGUUUGGAGAGUCCGGGCCCCGCACUGUUAUGUUUGGUUUAUUAAAGUGUUCGUAAUGUACAUGGUUUGAAUGUUUCUCUUUGAAAAAUUAAAGUUGAAGUAUGUUAUCAUUUAA